UUGAAUAUAAUAUCGUUAGUUAUUUCGUUUUAAUUUGCGAAUCGCAUAUUGCGGUAUACCCGAGGUAUACCAUUAUAAUGUUCGAACCACAAGAAAUUCGAUCUGAACACAAAGAUGUUAUUCAUGAUGUUUCGUAUGACUAUUAUGGACAGCGUAUAGCAACAUGUUCAAGCGAUCAAACUGUCAAGAUUUGGGAUCAUAAUGAAAAAGGUGUUUGGAUAGUGUCAUCGAGCUGGAAAGCGCAUUCAGGUUCAGUGUGGCGUUUAUCGUGGGCCCAUCCUGAAUUUGGAACAGUAUUGGCCACAUGUUCGUUUGAUCGGACAGUUUCUGUAUGGGAAGAAACAAUUGGUGAGAAACCAACACCAACGAUGACUCCAGUUAAAAGAUGGGUUCGUCGCACAAGUUUAGUUGAUUCUAGAACAAGUGUUACUGAUUGUAAAUUUGGGCCCAAAUCUCAAGGUCUUAUACUGGCAACCUGUUCUGCAGAUGGAAUUAUUCGAAUCUAUGAAGCACCAGAUAUCAUGAAUCUUUCGCAAUGGACCUUAGCUUACGAUGUUGCAUGCAAAAUGCCACUAAGUUGUUUAACAUGGAAUUAUUCUAUGUUCCGCAUACAAGCUCCGAUGAUAGCGGCUGGUAGCGAUGAGAUUCAAACUAUUGGCGGAAACAAUUCACGAGUCUUUCUGUUCGAGUACAGCGUGGUUGGAAACGGAAAAUGGACCAAAACUGAGUCAUUAAAUGUUUAUGAUCCUGUGCACGAUAUUGCUUUUUCUCCCAAUGUUGGACGAUCUUACCAUAUUUUGGCCAUUGCAUCUAAAGAUCUUCAUAUUUAUAGUAUCUCACCAUCGACGUAAGUAUUUCAUCAUAUUUACUCAUACAUGUGC